AUGGAUAAUAAAAUUGCAACUCAAUAUUCCUCUAAGAUAAUGAUAGCUAGUGUUGUUAUUUUAGCCAUAAUUCAAGCAUGUGCUGGAAUUCAUCCACUUCCAGGCACAUUCACAUCAACAGAUAAGGUUUGCGAUCCAGACCCUCGUCUAGGCUGUUUCUCUCAUCAAUCUCCUUUUGACCGUAUUCUGGUUCCUCUGCCACAAUCUUCCAGGAAAAUCGGUGUAUUAUUUUGGCUGUACACAAGAUUUUGCAGUUAUCAAUCUAUUCACUACAGUAAUCCCUAUUCAAUCAGUCCAUCCAAUUUCAAGGGCAAUAAGGAUACGAAGAUAAUUGUCCACGGUUAUUUGGACGACAGUUCAACAUACUGGAUGAACGAUAUGAAAGACAAGCUGCUGCAAUUGGAUGAUUUUAACGUUAUCCUCGUUGACUGGAGUGGAUCGCAGCUGCUGUUAGCUGGUUCUCGUGCUGAUUAUCUACUUUCAGUAGCUAAUACGCGAAUUGUAGGGGCUCAAAUUGGGGAAUUAAUUAAAGCCUUACCUGUUUCCAGAGAAAGAAUACAUAUCAUCGGUCACAGCUUGGGUGCUCAUAUUGCCAGCUAUGCAGCAAAUCGAGCAGAUUUAGUUGGUCGCAUAACUGGACUUGACCCAGCUGCCCCGCUAUUCCAGGAUAUGGUCACAGAUAUUCGAUUGGAUAAAACAGAUGCUCUAUUUGUUGACGUUAUUCAUACCGAUACCAACCCAUUUAUUGGAAUUGAUGGAUUUGGAACUAAAAAUCCAUCCGGCCAUGUAGAUUUUUGGCCAAACGGUGGAGAAAGCCAGCCUGGCUGCCUUAAGCCUUUACAAAAACAGCUAGAAACCAAGAAGAUUCCGACGAAAUUAGAGAAGAGAGAUUUAGAAGAGACCCUAGAACUUACGCGCAAUGUUGUAUGCUGUGAUCAUAACCGAGCUCAGCAGUUAUUUACUGAAUCAAUUGAUAAGUCAUGCUCGUUAAUUGCCUACCCAUGUAAUAAUUAUCAAGACUUUCUUCACGGUAAAUGUAUGAAAUGCAAUGGAAAAUGCGCCUCUAUGGGAUAUCAUGCAAUCGAUUAUAGCCAUAUUCAUUUCAAACAAAGACUAUUUAUUCUAACAGAUCCUGAAAAGCCUUACUGCGCUUAUAAUUAUGCAAUAAAUAUCGCUGAAAGUGUCGGUGAAAGUGAAGACGACUGGUUUCCAAUGGCUCCGAAGAUAAUAUUUUUAAAGAUCUACGGUAAUCUAGCUAUUUCUGCAGAUAUCAAACUGGAAAGAUCAGUGCAAAUAAAAUCUAGCGACAAGCAAUUUAUUAUUACUAGUAAAGAAAAUCUUGGAGAAAUCAAACGUAUUGACGUUUGGCAAGAUAAUAAUCCGUUAGGAAUAAAGUGGUUUAUUCAUACGAUUAAUAUAGUAGGGAAUCAAGGGACAAAAACGUAUAAAUUUUGCUUCAAAAAUUGGAACAAAACCGAUAAAGCAACCGCAGAUGCUUUAGACAAAACGGUGAAAUGCUAG